CUAAAAAAUCGGGCUAAAAACGGGCUGACGAGAAUAAAUCGUUUUUGGCUAGUUAAAAGUGCAAAAGAACGCGCGAAUGUGUGAAAAAGCGCUACUCUAGACCGUGUAACGUGCAAAUUACACAAAAAUUCCGGCGGAAACGCAAAGAAAACACGCAAAAAUUGAGACCAAACGGUCAUCAAUAGGAUUUCGACGCGCGACCUUUUUUUACAAUUUUUGACCGCGUAUUGUGCAAAAAGCACAUUGUCUGCGCCACCAAAGGCACGCAAAAAGUGAAUUUACGACGCGUUCACGGCGUCAAGUGCAUCAGAAAGUGAAAUAUGUAGAAGAACGUUGUUCAUGAUAAACAAACGACACGAUUUUUGUACAUCAAUCAAGCAACAACAACCACAAAUUUACAAUUAUGGAUCCUUGGCCAUAUCCCUCGUAUAAUCACGGCAUACAUAAUUUGGCGGCAGCAGCAGCUGCGGCGAAUUCCGGAGGACUUUCGAAUACGGCAAGCGUUCAAUCGGCAACGCCUCAACUUUUGCUUCAAGCAGCGCAUACAGCGACGUCAUUAGGAACGUCUCCGGGUACGGCAUUCAAUGCCGCAGGCUUCGUUUCGCCGCCCGGUCUUGGCUACGAAUCCGUUUUUACGCCUCUUUUCCAUCACGGAAGCAAUCCGAAGCCCGCACACUACAGUUCGACGAUAAAUGCGCAACAUCGUCUCGCGGCGCAAGCAGCACAAGUUCAAGUCGGCAACAAAGUCGAUACGGCAACCAGUGAUUUGAUCCGCGAAAAUUACAGUCAACACCAGUUAGCAGCUGCGGCAGUUGCUCAAGCAAGUUCGCAAGCAAGUUUCUUCGAUCAAUCGAGUACGCCGAGUGCGGCGAGUGCUGCACUCGCAUGGCAAGGUAACAAUCAGAUUUCUAGUUCUUUUGGUAUCUUAUCGCAUGAUAUAGCACCCUCAAGCCCAGCUACCACGACGCAAAAGAGCUCUUCUGGCGCAUCGUCAACGCCGGGCGCCAGCGGAGCAUCCGCGAGCAAUUACGACAACCCGAAUGCGUUCGGGACGCACGCGUUUUCAGCGCAAACCCUCCAGAAUCAUGUAAAUUCUCAAUUGUCGCAAACGAACAAGGGACGAGCACUCGCUUCGCCCGCGACACAAUCCAAGCAAAAUCCACCGUCAUCUACGGGCAAUUCCUACUAUUCGAGUUCAAGUAGUCAACAGCAAUACGGCGGAAGUCCUGCGGAUAAUUAUUCCUCAACCGCCGCAUCAAAUCUUAACCGUAAGUCCUCCUAUUCUUCUUCUAGUUCACAGCAAUCGUGCAUUGUUUCUGCCCCGUCGCCGCAAAAUUCGCGUCAAACGGCGACGCCCCAACAACCCUCGCCAGUCUACAUUGGUCGAAGCACCCCUCAAAAUGACACAAAACGUUCGUCUUCUUCCACGAACGCCUCUUCCGCGAACAAUUCCCGCAAUAAUUCGAGUUUUGUGGUCCCUUCCGCAAACAAAUCUAAUCCCGUAAACACGAAAGCCCAAUCGAAACUCUAUUCAGAUCGCAAUGACGAUCGCUCCUCUUCUUCUUCGUCAUCCGUCGUUCAACAAUCCUCCCCAAUUAGCUACUCAAUUAUGGAUGUGCCAGGUCGGUUGCAUUACUCAGGCAGUAAUAGCUCGGCAAAAGGCAGUUCUUCUUCCUCCUCUUCGACAUCGUCGUCAAGCACAAGCAAUAAUCGCUCCACAGCUACUAGCCAGCAUUACCAACAACAAAGUGCCUCGUCGAAUUAUCGAACGCAAUACUCCAAUAGUCAAGAGCAAUCGCCCCAAGACUAUCAAGCGAGUUCAAGUAGGAGCAAAUCGAACAAUCAAUCCGAUCGACGAGCUCCCAGUCCGAUAAUCAGUAAUAGGUCACAAGCAUCUCCGGCAUAUCCCAUGUACAACAGUCCCAUGAAUUCGAUGGCAUCGCCCGAACAACCCGUUUACAAGUCAUCGCCUCAGCAGCAGCAGCAGCAGCAACAAUCCUCGAAUGCUCGAUCUUCGGCUCAAAGCAAUAAUCAGACAGUGGCUUAUUCUUCGGUAAUUCAACGAGCACUUGGCAGUGUGGCAGAUCAUCAUGCCAAAUCGGCAAGUUCCCCCAACUCUUAUAGCUCUUCAUCAUCGAGUCAAUUACAACAGAGCCCGCAAUCCGCAUGGGAAAGUACGGCAAAUCGACAAAACGCUUCUUCUUCUUCUUCCGCUUCAGGUCAAAAAUCGCAAGUAGUGAUUUUAAGUUCGGAACAAAUUAUUCCGCCAUAUCAGCAAACGAGGUCUAUUUAUGAUUUGACGACGCCCCAACAAACACUUGCGCCAUUAGCUUCUAGUUUAACGGACUUAGGGCGAGGAGAUCCAAUGAACAUUGUGAAAAAUUUGCAACAAAGUACGCAAGAUGUCGCGCCAGAAAAGCCCAAAUCGGGUCGGGGACGACGUAAAAAUGCCGAUAAACCUGUUGCUAAUAACAACACGACAAGUAGCAAUAAUAGUAGUAAUAAUAGGGAAUCUGAUCGCGUUCCUCCGCCGGCUCAUAGCUCAAAUACGAGUUCAGGUGCUUCGUCUUCCUCUCAGAAUCAAUCGCAAAAUGGCACGUAUUUCGACUUUGAUCGAUGGAAUCUCAAUCCCAAUUCUAGUUCUUCGAAUUUUUCGCAGCCCUCUGCGUUUAACAGUCAGGCAGGGCAACAUCCUCCCCCUUUGAUGAUGCCACAUCCGCAUAUUCCCGCCUAUUUUCCCGGUUUUCAUGGGUUGCCAUCGCGUUCUGAAUACACAAAUACAGGUACACCCGAUUCGCAAUAUUCUUCGCAAUCGUCGGCGACGGGGGUAGAAACAUCGUCGAAAGACGACGCGCCGAAAAAUGUCGUUGUGCCGAACAUUGAGGAUGAACUGGGUUUUCUUGCAGGAAAUCCUCCCGCGACAAAUAAUAAUAACACGACGAGCAAUGCGUCGUCAUCAUCAGCAGCUAACAAUCAAAAUAACGCUCGACCAAAUACGACGACGACGACGACAACAACGACGACGGGCAAUACGACACAAAAGAAGUACAAUGUGCCCGCGGAAGCUAAUAAAGGCUUCAUGUCGAGUUAUUUGAAGUUUUUGCAAGGCGAUCGUGAUGUCUCUCCGCCUCCCGUGAAUCGCGGAGGUCGAAAGACAACAUGGCAACGCUCCGGAGCCAGUGGAAAUCAACAAACGCCCACGAGCGGGAACAAAUCCAACUACAAUGCAUCACAAAAUCCGUCGGAUACGCAAAAACAGGUAAUUGACGCCGUUGCCAAUGGCAUCGCCCAAAGUAGUAGUACUAAUAAUCAAAAUGUCCAUCAGGGCACAAAUUAUCGGAAGCGAAAGUACGAUACGCCAGCGACAGCGACAACAACGAAUAACAGCGCUGGCUCGAAUAACAACAACAACAAUCCCGAAAUGCUCGCGUCAUCAGGUAAUAAUCCUCAAUAUCCUCAAAGUAAUGCCAUGUCCGAUGACCGAUUGAAUCUUUAUAACGCGACUUUAGCAGUGCAGCAGCAGCAGCAACAACAAGUUGUCCAAAAUCAGCAGCAUCAUCAGCAAAAUCCUUAUAUGCAACAACAACAGCAAAUGCAGCAGCAGCAGCAAAAUCAACAGCAACAAAUUCAACAACCCAUGCCUAAAAAGACUAUUGCGCCUCCGGUGGGCGCUACGGUGCUCCAAACGCCCCAAGCUCAGUAUCAAACGCAAAUGAUGCAGCCGCAAAUGAUGCAACAAGCAUAUUAUGGCGGCACGGGGACACCCGAAGAAGAUGCUUUUAAUAUUCAACGUCGUGAAAGCUCAUAUCGACGUGCGAAGUCACGCGCUGCCGAUAUUACGCAAUUAAUCACUCGUACUGACGCAAAUGAGGCUGAAGAACCGGCGGAAUUUGCCGGAGACUCGGAUGAAGAUCCCGCAUGGACUCCGCAGGAGGAUAAAACGCAAGGCGGCUUGGAAGAAGAUUAUUACGGAAAUAAAGUGAAGCGUAAACGUGGUGGAUUUCCUGGAAAUCGAGGUUCACGUGCAGCUGGAAGGGGCGGAGGACAACGACCAAUUGCGUCAAUGGGACGUUCGAAUAUUUUAUCAGCUGCUGCCCAAGGCGCGGGAAUUGGCGAAUUUUACUCGAGUGACGACGAUCACGGACAACGAACGCAACAACAGCAUCAGCAGCAAUAUAAUCAACAAGCACACCAAAUGCAACAACAACCGAGUCACAUGCAAACGAGUCAAAUGCAUCCGCAGCAACAACAAAUGAUGACGCAUCAGCAUCAGUAUCAGCAGCAGCAAAUGAACCCGUAUGGAAAUGUGGAGGAGUUUCAAACUGGCGAUUUUGUCGUUGUACGAACCGAACUCAUCCAAGAUUGGCCGGCAAUUUGGCGCGUCGAUGGAAAAACCUUGCUACAAAAGUACGAGCCAUUCGAAAUGAAUGGCAAGACGUUGUACAAGAAUGUCUCGACGUAUGCAGCAUGGACGCCGGAGAGCAAAAAGUUGUAUGUUAAAAUUCCUGUGCGCUUCCGCAAUCAAACACACAUGGAAUCUGUCGUUGAAUUUGUGCGUAACGAGAUGACCAUUGACGACACGGAACAAUUUUUAGAAAAAGUCAUGCAAGAUACACUCGAGUAUCAAGAUAACUUUGAAGUUUACAUCCAAACGCUGAUAUCGCAGGCACUUGAUUCGAAUUUCCUGACUGAAAUUGUGAACGAACAAGACGAAUAUUUCCUGAUGCGCGUCAAAUCCAUCGACGACAUCACCGAAAAUCGAAAACAAAGACUUUUACAGAUAACGUCAUGGCCACGCAACAUGCUGAUGUCGAUCGCUACAUUCCCAACGUACCAUAUUAUGAGCGAUUUGGGACAAACUAACGAGUUAAAUCAUCUUGUUUGUGUUGCUUGUCAUCAACCAGGAAUUUCUGUCCGCAUUCAAUUGAGUGGCAACCCUUACAAUCCUUUAACGCUGGAACAAUGUACCCUGCGCCAACCAGCAGUUUACGAAAGGAGUUUCAUUCUUUGUCGCAUUUGUUCAUCCCGUUUCCAAUUACUACACAAAAUCAGUCAUCAAAAGUAUUUAAUGUACAUUGAAUGUGCAAAAAGUGUUAAUCAAAAGCUGCAAGAAGAUCCCGGGAAGCAAGCAACAACGAUUCUCAAUCAAUUACUCGCACACGAUGAAUGGCUUGCAUCGAUCUUCAAAGAUGUUCGUAGCGUCUGGGGCGAAGUAGAAAUUCUCGAACGAAACUACCGAUUUCAACUGGCAUCGCAAUAAAAUGCGAUAAAAAUGAUGUCAAGCUGCAUUUUUUGUUAUAAAUUUCUUUUUAUUGAGUUUCCUUACAUUGAAAAAAAAAUUGCAAAGAAUUUUUCGGUUAAAUUUAAAUAAUUGGUUAGUGAUCAAAAAGUCAUAAAUAGACGUUAAAAGUCAUAAGAACAAAUAUUUUUCUCAUUAAAAGUCAUAUAUAAGGCAUACAUGUAGAAUUGUAGAGAUGAUAUAAAAAAAACUUAACUAUACUGCAAAAUUUAUUGUAUAACGAA